AUCGGUCAACGUUAAAUGUAGCGCCACUGAUUUCGCAAAAAUAUCGAGGCUUCUUAACGCCAGCGUACAAAUGACAAGCUAACCAGCUAGCUAGCUAGCUAGCUUAUAGCUAAGUGAGUUUUCAGCCGCUGUAGCCAUAGAUAAAUGACAAGCCAACCAGCUAGCUAGCUAGCUUAUAGCUAAGUGAGUUUUCAGCCGCUGUAGCCAUAGGUAUAUAUCUAUGCGCUGUAGCAAACAGCUCUGCCGAAAAACAACAGAACCACCCUGUUAGCACAUCUGAUCAGCGACAAGUGAGGCAAUCCAUGAUGGACUCCAGGUCUCGCAGACUGCCUUUUUGUCUGCCCAGCAGCUCAAGGUCUUCGUACACAACCAGUCCAACAGUCUCCUCCUCAUCACUGGGCUCUAGUAGGUUGUACAGUAGGGAUACGGUGCUGAAUACUGACCGCUUCCCGAGGGCGUCAUCAGCUUACAAAGCCGACCUGGACCACCAGAGCUCUCGUCUCCUGAGCUCGUCCAGAGACUACAGCAGCUCCGACAGCCGCUCGCCCAGCUGGAAGUUGCCCUCUUCUCUGACAUCGUCCAGCAGAUCUUAUGAUCGCCCGUGGGCUGAAUCCUCCCUCAGCAGCAGGAGCAAACUGGUACUGAAGCUGUACUGUCAUUUGUCUGUAGCAUGCAAAAUGCAGUCUUGGUCGAAGACUGAUUCUGAAGGGAGGUUGGGGACGCGCUCUGGUUUGUUGAGUGCCAGUGAUGAUGGUGAUUCUAAAAGAGCCAAACUGUCAUACAGCAACAGAGGACUGUACCCAAGAACGGCAGGCACCUCAGUUACAGGAUCCACUUAUUCCAGUACUGGGCUUAGCAGUGGCAGAGGUACAGGUGACACUUAUGAUUCAUCGUGGAGCUCAUGCCGUUUACUUUCACGGUCGCCGUCAUCUUCCUCCUCGAAGCCGCUGUUGUCCAGGAGAGAGCUAGAGACAAAGAACCAGCCCAGUCUCUCAGGUUUGGGAGACAGAAGGAGGAGUACACCUGGAUUGGCUUCCUCAUUGUAUCCGACAGACAGGGUGACGUCCACAUAUGCACAGGGCGCUCGGCCUAAAGAGAGUGCCUACUCUCCCUCCUUUUCUUCCUCCUCCUCCACUGCUAGAGAAAGCUCCCUAAAUCGCCACCUCUCAUCUUCCACCUCCCACCGAUCUUCUCCUCCGGUGCGCGACUUCAGCAGCAGAACCCCAUCGCGUUUCUUGAACGGCUCAUCCACCCUCCACUCAUCUCAGGAACAAACGAGAAACCCUCACUCCUCUUUAGGUCUCUCCUCCUCUUACUCCUCGCACACCUCCAGGUACGCCACUCCCCUGCCCAGGCCAGAGGUCGCGCUCCCUUCGAGGCCAGCCCCGGAAGGCGGAGAGACAGAGGGCCGCAGCUCCACUCGCCGCCUUUUGUCCCGUCUCUUUUCGCGGCGCUCCAGCCAAGACUCUUCUAGCGGCUCCUCCAGCGCUCGCUCCCUCGAUGAUGACAGUCCGUCAACUGGUGGGGAGUCUGUGGACAGUGACGAGGGAGCCAGGAUGUCCAGCGUGGAGCCUGACACGAGAGGAUCAGAGGCCACGCCGGGUAGCCUCCGGAAUCGUAGAGCCGACCUCGCCCCUAUCCAGGAAAACAACGAUGGCUGUCGUAUUGGCCUGGCUCAGUCCAGAACGGCGUUGUCGAGAGAGCCUGGCGUCGGCAGAAGUAAUACCCCCACCACCACCACAAGCAGCAGCAGCAGCGGAGGAGGCGGAGGCUACUCCUGGCUUUCCUCCUCCCUCCGUGGCCGCUGCCCCCCCCUGCUCUCUCGCCUCAGAAGACAUGCUCGGGACGAGAACGCGCAGUCGUCUGCAGGCUUAGAAGAAGGCUACAGCCGUCCACAACAUUUACUGAGAAGGUGGGAUGACACUGAGCAUAAAGCAACGCAGGAAGAUGAAGAAGAAGAAGAAGAAGAGGAGGAGGAGGAGGAGGAGGAGGAGGAAGAAGAAGAAGAAGAAGAAGAAGAAGAUGAAGGAGCGGUUGGUUUAGAGCCCUUUGGCACAGGUCGUCCGUGGAGACUCGAGGAUGAAACGUUACCUGAACUCGAAGAUGCCUCGGUUGAAUUUUCGCCGCGUCGCCGCGUCGGAGUAUUUGAAAACAUUUCGGUUUCUAUGGGUGCGUUGGGUGGGGUUGAGAGCCAGCUGGAUGGCCACAAGGAGAAACCCGUUUCCAGUGUGGAUCAAGAGAAGCUGCGCAAGAUUAAGGAGAGACUGCUGCUGGAGGAUUCUGACGAGGAAGAAGGCGAUCUGUGCCGAAUCUGCCAGAUGGGGGAGGAAUCUGCCGCCAACCCCCUGAUUCAGCCUUGCCGCUGUACAGGCAGUCUGCAAUAUGUCCACCAGGACUGCAUCAAGAGGUGGCUCCGCUCCAAAAUUGGCUCAGGCACAAACCUUGAGGCCAUCGCAACAUGUGAGCUCUGCAAGGAGAAGCUGCGUUUGAACAUAGACAACUUUGACAUCCAGGAGUUAUACAGGACACAUGUGCAAUCCGAGUACGAUGAGUUCAUCAGCAGCGGUCUCUAUCUGGUGGUGCUGCUGCAUUUCUGUGAGCAGAGGUUCUCCGAUGUCCUCGGCGCCGUCGAUGCAGCUGGGUUAUUCAACCUGGUGAGAAUUCUUCAUGAACACAUGGACAAUCUUGAAAUUCCCCAUGGGGAAGGUGACGAGGACACGCGAGACAACAGACCAUCUAUUGACUUUUCUGACCUGGACGAUGAUCUCGAAGAGGAGUACUAAUUAUGUGAAAGGGGUGGAUUAUGGGUAAAAAAAUAAAAAUAAAAAGAAGGUGGGUCACUCGAUGCCAUAUGGUAGCUCACCCAGUUUUCACACAUGCUUUUGACAUCGUCACGUUCAUCAGAAAUUGAACGGCAGUGCACACAACGCGUCUCGCCUUUGUUGCAGGUGGCUUUUGCAGAUAUGCAAACUCGAAAUGAACUAGUGCGUAAAAAUAUUUUGGUUGACACAACGGUCAUUUUUUUUUUUUUCCUCAUGAGAGUGCACUUUAUUCAAUUAUAAUUAAAUAAAAAUGCAAGUCUUUUUAACUGUUACACCACAAGUGCUUUAAUGUUUGAAUGAAAAGGCAGGAAUUGGAAAUAGCAUAGGACAGUAAGUGUCGAUUAGUACUUGUGUGUGAUGGUAAGAUGGAUGCUUUUAGGAGAGAAUAUACAAAGUGGUGAUUAUUCCUUUUGGUGUUUCCUCUGACUUUUCCCACUGAGAAAGAAAAGGAAAAAAAAAAAGAACAUAACCCCAUCAACACACGUUCUUUGUUUCAGUGUUUGAAAUGCUUUAUGUAUGUACAAAUCUAGUUUCAUGCUUUCAAUUUUGGAAAUAAAGAUUAAAUGCAAACUGC